AUGAAGAUCCUCUUCAUUUGCACAGCGUUCAACUCGCUCGCACAGCGCACCGCAUUGGUGCUGCGCGAAAGGGGCCAUGCCGUCACGGUCGAAUAUGCGCUUUCGCCCGAUCGCAUGAUCGAGGCAGCCGAGCUCGCACAGCCACACCUCAUCAUCUGCCCGUUCCUCACAAAACACGUGCCGCCAAAGGUGUACAACACCUGGAUGACGCUCAUCGUGCACCCAGGGCCGCCCGGCGAUGCCGGACCGUCCGCACUCGACUGGUGCCUCAUCGGCGACAUGGGCGAGCUGAGCAAUGCCGACCAGCAACUCGCUCUUAUCGACGCAAAGCACAGCGCCAAGAACGCCUCGGCUUCAAUGCGCACACAUUGGGGCGUGACUGUGCUCCAGGCUAUCGAGGCUUUCGAUGCAGGCCCCGUCUGGGCGUUUGACCAGUUCGAGCUCACUGCUGCAACGGCGGCCAUGUCCAAGAGCGAUCUGUACCGUGGACCUGUUACGCGCGCAGCGGUCAAUGCGGUCCUUGCUGCUGUGCAACGCAUCACGGAGUGCGCAAGCGAACAGGCGGCGCAGAAGGGGCACGAGUCGUACCUGCCAGUUAGCACAGAGGUAGUAGCACCAGCACAGUUCAGGACCCAGUGCGUUUCCAACAAGGUGCCGUUUUUGGGCGGGAGGACACACGAUCGUCCGCUGCUUAGGGCUUCGCAGCGCGACUUUCUCCCGCUCGUGUCGCAGGCCAAUGCUAUCGCCGGUAGGUCGAGGCUCUCGGCAGAUGCCAUCUUGCAGCGCAUCCGCAGCGCCGAUUCGCAACCAGGCAUGCUUUCGAGUCUGCUCGGCACGCCGCUCUUCCUGUACAACGCGCAUGUGCAGCGAGACCCGCUUCCGCCCGCGGUCGCUUCGAGGCAGGCAGCACUCAGCCAGCCCGGCACCGUGCUCGCCACGCGCGAGGGCGCUGUCCUCGUUGAUGUCGGCGCCGACUUGCCCAUCUGGAUCGGCCACCUGCGUCGUCCCAAGGCCAAGACCGACAAGUAUCUGCAGCCCAAGCUGCCGGCCGUCAUGGCGCUCCUCUCCAUGCCGGACAUCGCUGCCAAGCUGGGUCUGAUGGACGCCAACAAGGUGCCCGAGUGGAGUGCCACGACAGGCUUUGGCGCUGAUGCGUCGCAGCCCUGGAAGCGACGCGAGGGAACCUACCAGCAGGUGUGGGUCGACGUCGAGUCGAGCCCCAAGACCGCUUCGGCCGUGGCGUACGUGCAUGCCGACUUCUACAACGGCGCAUUUUCCACAACCCAGUGCGAGAUCCUGCUCGCGGCGAUCCAGUGGACUCUCGAGGUUCCCGGCCUCAAGGCCAUCGUCAUGCUCGGUGGCCCGGGAUACUUUUCCAACGGCAUUGCACUGAAUGUCAUCGAGGGCUCUCCCGACCCAUCGGCCGAGGGUUGGGCGAACAUCAAUGCGAUCGACGACUGUGUCCAGGCGCUGCUCGCUCCCCGAGGCAUCGUCACCUUUGCAGCCAUGCGCGGAAACGCGGCUGCCGGCGGGCUGGCCAUGGCCACCGCGGCCGAUUUCGUCAUCUGCGCCGAGAGCGCCGUGCUCAACCCGCACUACCGCGGUCUCGGCCUGUUUGGGUCCGAGUGGCACACGUAUUCCUGGUACGAGCGAUGCGGCUCGCGCGUCGCCGCCAAGUUUGCGCGCGAGAUGCUGCCCAUGAGCUCGCACGAGGCCAAGAGGAGCGGCCUCGUCGAUCACGUGCUCGACAACGACGGCAUGGACGCAGCGCAGAUGCUGGUGGUCAUCAAGGGGCUGGUCAACGAGGUGAUGGAUGCCGACAUCCACGCGGCGAGCGCCGCAGACGGCUUGGCCGCUUCGGGUGCGCCGUGGACGCGCUCGCUCCGCCCAGCAUCGGCGGAUGCGGCUCAGUCGGCGCUGCUUUCGGAGCAGAUUGUGCGCAACAAGAUGCGAUACCUCGCCUACCUCUUUGCUGAGAACGCCGAUGCGGCAGACAGGUCGCUCUCCAUCGAUGAGCACUUCCAGCGAUACCGCAAGCACGAACUGGACCAGAUGACGCUCGACUUCUUCCACCCGCACCGCAACCCGCGCUUCGCGAGCCGAUGCACCGGCUUUGUGCGAAAGCUCGUUCCCGAAGCGACGCCGACGCGCUUUGCGCUCCACCGUCGCUACGCUGGCUCGGCAAACGAUUGGGCUAGCUCCGAACAGACCGCCACGGCAGCGGUGCAGCUGGAUGAAGAGGAGCGCGAUGAAUUCGAUGGACUCGGAGGCGUGCUCGCAUCUGCCGCCGUAGCUCGCCUCCCCGACGUACGACCCGAAUUUGUCGUCCACGACAAGGCGAACGAUGCUUUGGGGACGAGGACCGCUCGCGCAUACAGUGUCGGGCACGAUACGAUUGCUUCGGCGGUCUCGGCGGAUGGCAACGGCAUGGACGGCGGAAGCGGCCGCACUUCGAUGUCGACCGCGCCCACCACUCCUCGGGGAGGUAGUCCCAAGCCAGUCUUCUCGCUUGGAGACGAGGAGGCGCAGCGCGUCGAGAUCGAGGCGGAGCAGCUCAAAGUGCACCGUCGCAGUCCCGAUGCCGGCCUGCUUGGCAUCAACACUAUCAAGCGAGGUCCUACGGCCAUCUCGUUUGCUGGUGCCGAUGACGUCCUCGCGGCUGCCAAGGCGAAGACUGGUGUCAGGCUGCGCUCAGAACGUUCGACUGCGGAAGCUGCUUCCCGACCGGCGCCUGCGUCUGCGAAUAAGGAGGACAAGAAGCCAUCCAGCAAGAUCCAGCGCUUCUUCCAGUCGCUCAGUCGCAAGAGCCGCGCCAACCUUCAGGCCGAGGCAAGUACGGCCGUUGUGCCUGCUGUUCCCGCUGUGACCGCUGUGCCCGCUGCCUCGUCAGCCGUGGCCGCUCCAGCGAGUGAGGCGACAGGCAAGUCGGCACCCGCUUCGCCGGUGCGCACCAGCUCGCGUAUGGACGCGGCUACGCGUCAGCGACGCCGAUCGUCGAUCUCGGACGUCUUCUCCAUCCUCCAGAACGGCAGCCGUCCCAGCUCAGCCCACCAGGCCGGAGACGAGCCCGCGUCGCCCACGAGCAAGCAGGAGCGACGCAGGUCGUGGAGACCCACGUCGAGCUCUGGACUUCACUUUGGAUUGGACCGCUCGAGCGAUGCCAACAAGUCGCUGCCUCCCACGCCUCUGACGAAGGCGAACGGCUUCCAACCCAAUAUGACCGCGACGCCCAAGAUCCUCGAAGAACCGUUCAAGGAUGGCGUGGCCGCCCAGGACGCCAACUGCCUGUGGAGCUGCUACUAUUCGGAAGACGGAGAGAAGGCCCAGCGUCCGCUGGUGGCAAAUGUCCAGGCGGCUCCCGUCUCCGCCUAG